AGAAGAGGCAUCAGCCAUUGAUGUGCAUGGAUCCCCCAGUCACAGGCAGCUCCAUCAUUGUCAUGCACAGCAGCAUCUGAACCUCUGACAGCCCUUUGCAUGGCAGCAUCAACAAAAAUAUGCAAAUGAGAGCCUGUCUGGGAGGUGAUGGUGAGCCUGCCUGCUGCUGGAGACCUAGAAUGGGCCACUCCCUAACGUGAGAUCGGGGGACCCAUCGGGAGGCAGUGAGGAGGCUGCGCUCAUCGUCUUCGGAUGCUGAUGCUGCAGGGGGAUCAUGUAACUGUCGGGCUGUCGGGGCGGAUCAUGGCAUUGGGCUCUUCCAGGCUUCCCCUCAGCGCAGAGGAAGAUGGGGCUGAAGAGCAAGCACUCCGAGGGCCAGUCUAAGGAUGGCCAGGGGGAGAAGAAGGCAGCGCUAGGGGCCGAAGAUCUGGAGCCCAGCUCCCUGGGGACCGGCCUGGACAAGGAUGGCACUCUGCUACUGGUGGGAGCCGGCAAGGAGGAAAUCAAACGAAACACCCAAAGCAUCGGACUGCUGGCCAAAACCCCCCUGAACUACAGCCGACCCAUCAAGAGGAACAAUGCCAAGUACAGGAGGUCCCAAACUUUAAUCUACGAUGCCCUGGAGAGACCCCGAGGGUGGGCACUGCUCUACCAUGCCUUUGUGUUCCUAAUAGUGUUGGGGUGUCUGAUCCUGGCGAUUCUAACAACGUUUAAGGAGUAUGAAGAUAUUUCUGGUGACUGGCUGUUGCUUAUAGAAAGGUUUGCCCUGGUGAUUUUUGGAGCAGAAUUUGUCUUAAGAAUUUGGGCAGCUGGCUGCUGCUGUCGUUAUAAGGGUUGGAGGGGGAGACUGAAGUUUGCCAGAAAGCCAUUAUGCAUGCUGGAUAUUUUUGUCCUGGUGGCCUCCAUUCCUGUGGUGGCCGUGGGGAACAAUCAGGGAAAUGUCUUGGCCACGUCGCUUCGGAGCUUGCGUUUCCUUCAGAUCCUGCGGAUGCUGCGAAUGGACCGGAGAGGAGGGACCUGGAAACUCCUGGGGUCAGCCAUCUGUUCACAUAGCAAGGAACUCAUCACGGCCUGGUACAUCGGAUUCCUGACGCUCAUCUUGUCCUCCUUUCUUGUUUACUUGGUGGAGAAAGACGACCAUGAACUGAACGAGAAAGGGGAAGCCAAGGAGGAUUUUGAAACGUACGCCGAUGCCCUUUGGUGGGGAUUGAUCACUCUCGCUACAAUUGGCUACGGGGACAAGACUCCAAAGACUUGGGAAGGGCGGCUGAUUGCGGCUACCUUCUCUUUGAUUGGCGUUUCGUUUUUUGCACUUCCUGCUGGUAUUUUGGGUUCCGGUUUGGCUCUUAAGGUACAAGAACAACAUCGACAAAAACAUUUUGAGAAGCGAAGGAAACCAGCAGCCGAGCUCAUCCAGUCUGCAUGGAGAUUUUACGCUACAAACUUGAGCCGGCUCGAUCUUAUAGCCACAUGGCAGCACUACGAAUCUAUCGUCCAGUUUCCAUAUUUUAGGAAGGAACCGAUGGAUGGAGGUGCUAGUCAAAGGUGGAGUCUUCUAGACCGAGUACGUUUGUCCAAUCCCCGUGGGACCAGUCCAAAAGCCAAAACUUUUUCCCCACUAAACAUUGAAGGUGUUGAAGAGAGCCCCUCCAAAGAGCCAAAAACAAUGGGAGUGAGCAACAAGGAGCGAUUCCGCACUGCACUAAGGAUGAAAGCCUAUGCCUUCUGGCAAAGUUCAGAAGAUGCCGGAACAGGGGACAUGGCAGAUGGUGGCUACAGUAAUGAAUUUCUGGUGGAGGAUUUAAUCCCUACUAUAAAAGUGGUCAUCCAUGCUUCUAGAAUAAUGCAAUUUCUGCUUCAUAAGAAGAAAUUUAAGCAGACUUUGCGGCCUUAUGAUGUGAAAGAUGUGAUAGAGCAAUAUUCUGCCGGACAUCUGGAUAUGCUCUCUAGGAUUAAAUACCUCCAGUCAAGAAUAGAUAUGGUUUUUAGUCCAGGUCCUCUUUCUACCCCUAAACAUAAGAAGCCCCAGAAAGGAACGGGUGGACUUGGCGGAGGAUACGGCUAUCCAACCCAACAGUCUCCAAGGCAGGAGCCCUAUGGUUCCAACGCAUCAGAAUAUGAAGACCAAAGUAUGAUGGGAAAAUUUGUAAGAGUGGAGAGACAGGUCCAAGACAUGGAAAAGAAACUGGAUUUUCUGGUUGACAUGCACAUGCAACACAUGGACCAGUUACAGGUCCAAGUUACAGAAUACUAUCCACUCCAAGAGGCAACGGUAGAAGAAGAAGGAGAAGAGAGCCGAUACUCUGAAGUUGGGAGGGUAAUUUAUAACUAUUCAGAGUCUUGCUCCCAUGUGGAUCCCUACAGCUUGCACCAAGUUUCAUUUAACAAAAUGGACCAGUAUGGGUUCUUUGAGAACUACCCCGUGGAUUUUACUUCACCCAUGCCUUUUAAUGGUGACAGUUGUUCCAGAAGGUCCAUGUCCUCUCCAGCUAACUACACUGAAAGGCCAACAGUUUUGCCUAUUCAGACUUUAAUAAACACGGGGAUGGAUUUUCGACACGAACGAGAGGUAUCAAGUCCUCACGUUGAGAGGGCCUCCCCUAUCCAUAGAAGAAGUUUUACAAGGGACAGUGACACCUCGUUAUCUUUUCUAUCAGUGAACCACGAUGAACUUCAGAGGUCCCCCAGCGGGUUCAGCAUUUCCCAAGAAAAAGAAGAAUUUAAUUUUGGUCCCAAUGGCUCAACGUGGAUGCGAGAUAAACGUUUCUUAGCAGAAGGUGAAACGGACACCGAUACAGACCCAUUUACACCGAGCGGCCCCAUGACUUUGUCGUCAACGGGAGAGGGUAUCUCUGAUUUGGCAUGGACACCUUCUAAACCUAUGUAAAACAAAAUGAGGGGAGAGGGAGGGAGAUUUAUCUUUUCGUACAAUGUACUAUUUGUAUAAGUCACUACACACUUUCCAAAGUUGAAUAGUCAAGAUCACCAUUGGCUACUUACGAUGCAUGCUUCAAUUUGUAGUCACUGCAUCAUGCCACUUUUUUUUCCCCCCUCUCAUUUUCGGUUGCUCACCACUAACAGGAAACAGCUUUUAGACUCCAGCAUGAGUUGCAUGCAUUUACACGAUAUAAAUGUUAAAAAAAAAUCUAUUUUAUAUUUUGUAACGAAAAAGGCACAUAACCUAUGGGUGGAACUAUGCAGAGGGUAAUGUGGUUGUGGUAUUUCAUCUAUCAUUAUCAACAUAGCAACUUUCAUUUUCACAGCGGCAUUUUUAAUUGUUUUUUUUUGUUUGCCACCUUCAGGUAACUUUAAUUGACAUUACUAGAUACAUUUUUAAAA